GAGGAGAGCUGGGGCAGGAGCCCAGCGUGGUGUCUACACGCGCGCCCUAGCCCUGGCCAGCGCUGUAACCCCAGCACCCCGGGAACACGCCGCUUGGUGCACGGGCAGGAGCCAGAUCGCCGCCGUUCAGGGCGCGAGUGGCUCGUGUGGACAAGGUUCAGCUUUCUCAGCCCGUCCUGCUCUGCUGCUCCUGCGGUGGGUGACGGGUCCCCCCUUUUCCUGCCCCGGCAGAGAGCUGCAGGCAGGGGGCGGCGAUCCGUCCCGACGGGGCAGCCGCUUUCCCGCACCGAGCUGGUGGCUUCGCCCUCCCACCUGCCCGCAGGGAGGCUCCACAAAUUCCCCACGGUCCAGCAGCUCUCGCUGGCCCCGGCUCCGGUUCUUCCAGCGGUUGCCGGGCAGAAUCCGAUCCGGUUCGGCGGCCGCUGGGCGGAGCCGGGCCGCCCCUGCUCCCCGAGCCGCCCGCGGUCCGCAGCAGCCGGCAGGAAAAUGGCAGACGGUUUUUCUUUAUCUGAUGCUUUAGCUGGAGCCGGUAACACAAACCCAAAUGCUCCUCCAAACCAAGGCUGGCCUGCUGGUCCCUGGGGAAAUCAACCUGCUGGUCCGGGGGCGUAUCCUGGAGCGCCGGGGGCGUAUCCUGGAGCGCCAGGGGCGUAUCCUGGAGCGCCGGGAGCCUAUCCUGGAGCACCGGGGGCAUAUCCUGGAGCGCCGGGAGCCUAUCCUGGAGCCUAUCCUGGAGCGCCGGGAGCCUAUCCUGGAGCGCCGGGGGCCUAUCCUGGAGCACCACCUGCCCCUGGACAACCAAGUGGACCUGGAGCACCUCCUACUGCACCACAAGUUGGACCUGGAUUUGGAUUUGUCCCUCAGCCAGGGGGACCUACUGCUCCACUGAGAGUCCCCUUUGACCUGCCCUUGCAGACCGGCCUCGUGCCUCGCUUCUUGAUAACCAUCGUGGGGACAGUGAAUCCAAACCCCAGCAGAUUUUCACUGGAUUUCAAGAAAGGGCAUGACGUCGCCUUCCACUUCAAUCCCCGCUUCAACGAGGACAACAGACAAGUCAUUGUCUGUAAUUCACUGAUUCAGAAUAACUGGGGAAAGGAGGAGAGAACCGCUCCCAGGUUUCCAUUUGAAGCUGGCAAACCUUUUAAGAUCCACGUUCUGUGCGAGACGGAUCAUUUCAAGGUAGCUGUCAAUGAUGCUCACUUGCUGCAGUUCAACUACCGGCUGAAGAACCUGAAUGAAAUCACCAAACUCAGCAUUGCUGGGGACAUCUCUCUCACCAGUGUUACACCUGCUAUGAUAUGAGUGGGGUUUUUACACCAAGAAACAUACUCCGGUCAUUUCUUGAAUAGCAGUUAUCCUUUAAAAAAAAUAAAAAUUGCUGGCUUCAUUUAUCCUUUGUACGAUAAACUUAAUAAAAUACUUGUACUAGAA